UAUUUCUUAGGCUUACAUUUCCAACAACACAGCUCAUCUAAGUAUAAGUAGAAAUACAGAUCCGAGUUGAAUGCGAAGAAAAUGAUAUAUGUAUGAGCCAAUAGAGGAGUUCUGCUCUCACAGCAGUCGGCAAAAGCGAUAAUAAUAGCUUCAGCUCAGGUCAAUGCACCAGGCUUUAUGAUGGCCUGGUGCUGCAAAGAAAGAAAGGAAAUGCACCAUGCUAAGCUAACAAUACAAGGCGGUGAAACCUAUUUUGAGUAAAUUCGAAGUUGCGUUUAGAAAGCAUCAGUGAAUGGCACCAAACAAGCGAGCAUCGUCAUGCAAUGAGAGUAAUGAUGACAGAGACCUUCAAGUCUCUCUUUGUAAACGAAAAGCACUGCCAGACACCCGCACUGCUUCCGGCAUUAGUUCCACCAAUGACAUGGCGUUGCUCCGGGAAUCUGAAUUAUUUAAGAAAGUGUUAGAACAGGUUAUUCCACCAAUGCUAGAACAGGCAAUUCCACCAAUGCUAGAACAGAUGAUUCGGCCUAUGCUAGAACAGAUCAUUUCACCUAUGCUGCACCGUUCGCUAUCUUCCCCAAGUCAUGGAUUUUUGGUCAAGCGGAAGACUAGUCCAGCAGCAGGUGGAGGCAGAUCAUUGCAGUUAUGUCUGAUGAAAGGGUUGCCUUCAACCAUUUUCACACACAUCAACAUCAGAGCGGAGGACAGUUCCACGCUCCAAGUUGCAGUGUGCGAUGCCACAGUUCAGCACUCCAAGGUCACCAUGGGAGAUGGUCCCUCCUUGAAGAUCCAGCUAUGCGUCCUGAGGGGUGACUUCGAAAGUGAGGAUUGGACUGCUGAGGAAUUCAAUAGCAACAUAGAAAGUCCAAGAGAAGGAAAAGGACCAUUGCUCAAGGGAGACACGGUUAUUACUAUUGAAAAUGGAGUUGGCUUUUUCAAGAAUGUUGAGUUUACUGAUAACUCUUGCUGGACCAGAAGUGGCAAGUUCCGGAUUGGAGUUAGAGUACUGCAAUCGAAUUCUUCCCCUGUAGCAGACAUCAAAGAAGGAAGAAGUGAGCCUAUAAGGGUGAAGGAUAAGCGAGGAGUCGCAAAUCAGAAACCGGAUCGUCUUUCAUUGGAUGACAAGGUGAGUUGUCUGCAUAAGAUCUCAAAAAAUGGUCGGAUCUGCAGGCAGUUGUCAGACGAUGGAAUUAAAACUGUCAAGGAUCUGUUGCGCCGGCACACAACUGACCAGGCUUCACUAAGACAGAAAAAUGGCAACAUUCCGGGGAGGUGUUGGGAGAAGAUUAUUGAGCAUGCCAAGUCUUGUGAGAUAGAUAAUAAUGAGCGCUACAUCUACCAGUAUUUCACAGGAACACCAGAGCAACCAAAAGCAAUAUCCCUGCUCUUAAAUUGCAUCUACGAGCCUGUGGCUAUUGCAUAUGAUGGCCAAAAUUUUAAAACUCUAGAGUCUUUGGAUGUGGAAAGCAAGGGUUGCGUGGAAACAAUAAAGCAGGAUGCAUACAAGAACCUGAAUGAUUUGAAACCAUUUGAAGCAAGUUCAGAAUGUGGUGUUGUAGGGGAAGGGCAAGAACAUAUGGUUCAACCGUCGGCAAUGACAGCAUCAUGGUAUAUUGGUGGAGGCGAGCAAGUAGGGUGUUCCAGUCAACAACCGCUAUAUGAGGCCAAAUGGGAAGGGUACAUGAGUCCAUCACAGGAUGAUCAGUUUCUAAAUUACCCCUUGAACUUUGGAGGUGAUUAUGGGGCAAAAUCAUCCGACUAUUUAUUCCCUAGCAGCUUUGAUAUGUAUUUGUCAAACAAAAAUGUGGGCAAUACUCAGUGGGCUAAACUCCGAAAUGCUCUUAAAUGGACCAUACUCUACGCCGCUAAUAGGAAGGCCAAGCUUCUUUCCUACUAUCACUGUUGAUUUGCUUCAUUACUUUAUUUUCUUGUAUCUGUAAGUGUUUUAAGCUGUAACGUAAAUAACCAUCGCUGAACCUAAAUAAACCACGGUGACGCUGAUGGUGUCUUUAGCAA